AUGCCUGGCCCCGUGGACACCGCAAAGUCCAUCAACAAGCGGAAGAGAAAGCACGGCUCCAAGUCUGAGAGCGAUGUCGCCAAGCCCGUGGAAUCCAAGUCAAGCCCUGCUGUGACACCCAAGAAGAGCUCUUCAUCGAAGCCCAAGCCCAAGUCUUCAGCCGAGAAGUCCACAAAGAAGCGCAAGGUCAGCCCUUCACCAAGCGCCGAGGAAGAGAGCGCCGACGAGGCCGAGGAUGUCGAGGAUGUCGAGGAGGUGAACGCGGAGGAGGGAAGUGAUGCUGAGGAUGAUGCCGCCGCCAAUGGCGCCGACCUUCCCACAAUGGACGACGUUCGUCUUCCGCAGACCGAGGGAACCGAGCUCCAGGAAUUUUCCCAAUUAAAUCUUUCCGAAAAGACCAUGAAGGGUAUCCAGGACAUGGGAUUCACUACCAUGACCGAGAUUCAACAGCGCACUAUUCCCGCUCUGCUUGCUGGACGUGAUGUCCUCGGUGCUGCUAAGACUGGUUCCGGAAAGACUUUGUCUUUCUUGAUCCCCGCAAUUGAGAUGCUGCAGGCUCUGCGCUUCAAGCCAAGAAACGCACAGUUGCCGGUCUGGAACAAGGCUACGUUCUGUUCUGCCAAGGAUGGUUACCGAUCCUACCUCCAGGCCUACGCCUCGCACUCCCUCCGCACUGUCUUUGACGUGAACAAGCUCGACCUUGUCAAGGUUGCCAAGGGCUUCGGUUUCAACGCCCCGCCUCGCAUUGACAUCCAGCUGGGUGCCAGUCUGAGCCGUGAUAAGAAGCAGGAGCAGCAAGGACGCCGCACAUACGGCAGUCAGCCCAAGAACGGUGCUGGACUGAAGUUCAAACGGAAGCACGAUGACUGA